GAUUACUGUAGAUCAGUGAAGACUCUGGAGGAAUGGAGGAUUCAGAGCAUGUGGCCGUGAGCAGUGAGACAGAGGCGAUGACUGAGCAGUGUGUUGAAGCUGACUCCGAGCCAGGAGGCGGGGCUGAGACGACAGAGGGCGGAGCUAAUGAGGACAACACAGAAAACCAGGAGAACACAGGAGCUGGAGCCAAUGAGAGUGAGGCAUGUGAGCGCGAGGGCGGAGCUAAUGAGGACAACGCAGAAAACCAGGAGAACACAGGGGGUGGAGCCAAUGAGAGUGAGGCAUGUGAGCGCGAGGGCGGAGUCACAGAGCAGGCCAACACAGUGGAGGAGGAAGAGAAUAAAGAGACGGACAUCACACCACAUAAAGCUGGAGAACAAGAAAAAGACACAGAGGUAAAUAAAAAUAAAGAAAGUGAGGCAGAAGAAGAAGGAAAGGAGAGCAAUAAUGACCCUCACAAGAAAGAUAAUGAUUCCUGCGAUAAUGAAGGACAGCUUGAGGAAAAGCACAAAGAAGAGGAGAAGAGGACAAAAGAAACUGAAGGAAAAACUAAAACGAAGGAAGAUGAACGAGAUACAAAAGAGAAAAAAGAGACUAAAGAUGAUGUCAAAAUCAAACCAGAAAAUCUAGGAAGAAAAAGCACGAAAUCCUCCGUCUGUUCCCGAUCGGCCCGACCCUCGACCCGAAGAGACGCCAUGGCCAAGUUUCAGAAGGACCAGACUCAGGGUGUCCGAAACUUUAAAGUUCAACGGACAUCUAUAGGCAUGGCGGGUGGAGCAUCAAUCAAACAGAAAAUACUCAAUUGGUGCAGGAACAAAACACAGAAAUAUGAGGGUGUCUGCAUAGAAAACUUCUCUUCCUCGUGGAGUGACGGCCUGGCUUUUUGUGCACUCGUUCAUCGCUUCUUUCCCUCUGCUUUCGACUUCUCCUCCCUCAAAGCCAGUGAACGAGAGAAGAACUUCAGUCUGGCCUUCAGUACCGCAGAAUCUCUUGCUGACUGCUGCCCCCUUCUGGAAGUGUCGGAUAUGUUACUGAUGGGCAACAGGCCAGACCCGCUGUGUGUCUUCACAUAUGUGCAGGCUCUCUGCCAUCACCUCUCGAAGAUAGAGAAGGAGAGGAGGGAGAAAGAGACGGAGAAGGACACAAACACAGAAGAAGAUCGAGGGGUUUCUGAAGCCAACGGAAGAGGAGACGGAGAGAGGGAUGAGAGUGGACAGAACGAGGAGACGGAGGAAAACACAUCAGAUUCUGGCAUGAAGACAGAACAAGAGACAGAUCCCAAUGAAAAUGUUAUAAAUGUUGUGGAUGAGAAACUCAAUGAAUUAAUGAAUGAAUGAAAAAAGAAAGGAGAGCGUAAGAAUAAUGUAUUGUUGUCGCAAUCUGCUUUUGAGAAUGAAUAGUGUCUAAUGUGG